AUGGAGGACGAGCUUUCCUUGAUCGAGGAAAAUGACGAGGUCACGCAAGAACAGAAGGAACUCAUUUACAAACGGAUCGAAGAACUAAAGCAUUCCAAUGCAGCCCUCCUGGCAGAGAAUGACAUGUUUGAAAGCUUCAUUUGCCGCCUGGAUCCACAAGACCUGCUAUCCCAGGCUGGGGGAGAAGGUGCCGGGGCAACACGAAGCUUGAAGCUGGGGGCUGGGGGCGUUGGAUGGAGGCGAAAGUCCAGGUCCAACAUAUCGGACCGUUUUCAGCCGCUCACUUUAGAACAAAAACUGUGCGUAGCACAGAGAGAAGUAAGAGAAACGCAACAGGACCGGGAGAAACUCAAACUGAAAUCUGAAAAAAACAAGGACAACUACAAGGCCUCUAUGAAGGAAGCAGAAUUACGUCUGGCUGAUGUCAGGAAGGCCAAGAACGAUUUUGAGCGUAGACUGGUCAAACCUACAAAGGACAACACGCUAGAAAUGAAAGAGCCAGAGAAGGUGCUCCAGUACAUUGAAGACAAGUUAAAGGUCACCCAGCUGGAGACCUUAAAUGUAAAGAAUCAGGCACUAAAGCUCCACGAGAAGAAGCUCCUGCAACAGCUGCAGCAGAAAAAAGAGAUGGGGAAAGCUGAGUAUGAGGAAUUUUUUCAGGAGUAUGACGAGCCAAGACCCGACAAAAACCUGGAUGAACUUCAGAUCAACAGUUUGAAGGUUCAGCGUGUUCUCAGCUCACACAAGGAAAAGCUGCAGAGUGUGACAUUGAUGUCGGCAGAGCUGAGCAAUGACAUCGCCAAAGUGAGGCAGAUGCUGGCAAAAAUAGAGGAGGAGUUAGAGCAUGCUGAGAAGGAGCAUUCAGCGGCUGAAGCCCUUAACCACAAACUCAGACGGCAGCUCAGAGAUUAUCAGGCUCCUGAUAUCACUGAGUACAUGCAUGUCAAAGACAAAUACAAGAAGCUUAAGCAGAGCAUUCACACUUGGGAGAGAAAGGUUGGGAUUGCUGAGAUGGCCUUCAAGACCCACACUAAAGUGUGGAACAAACAGGUUGGAACUAGCUCCGGGGAACACCAAAUCCCAAUAAAACUCCCACACAUAGCAGCACAUAACAUGUAGAAAAAAGAAGUUUCCCAAAUGACUGAUUUGAUGACAACAAGAAAACUUUCCAUCAAUCGUUCUGCGUCUGCUUUGUUUAUUAUUGUUUGCAAUCUUUUAAUGCUUUUUGUUAAAUGUAAAAACAAUGGCUUUCAUCCUCAUCAUAUCUGUGUCCCUGAGAGUUACUUAUUCAAAAUUAUGAUUGACAUUAAAAAUUUCCUUUCUUUAUUUA